AAAUUAUCAAAAUCCAUUUUACCUUGAUCAUAAUAUAAUGGUGUGGUCCCAGUUGGAACUAGAAAAACCACACAUUGCUUAUGCAUGUGUCGGGGUGUUUAGUACAAUUUUCUCCUUAUUAUCACUUUUUGUUAAAGAACGAUUAUAUAUAGGUGAGGCUACUGUUGCUUCAUUGGCUGGACUUAUCUUAGGACCUCAUUGCUUGGGUUGGUUUGAACCGACAACUUGGGGGAAUAGUGAUUAUUUGACUCUUGAAAUAUGUCGUAUUGUCUUAUGUAUUCAAAUUGUGGCCGUUGCCGUUGAAUUGCCCAAAAAAUAUAUGCAAAAACAUUGGCUUUCAGUUACAAUCUUUUUAUUACCGGUGAUGACUUGUGGUUGGCUUAUUGUUGGUUUAUUUAUUUGGGCCCUUAUUCCCCAUUUCAAUUUUUCUUCUGCUUUGUUGGUUAGUGCUUGUGUUACUGCCACUGAUCCUGUUUUGGCAGCUGCAGUUGUUGGUAAAGGUAAAUUUGCUGAAAGAGUUCCUGGUCAUUUAAGAAAUUUAUUAUCAGCAGAAUCAGGUUGUAAUGAUGGUAUGGCUUUCCCCUUUAUUUUCCUUUCUUUAAAUUUGGUUCUUUAUCCUGGUAACGCCGGUGAAGUUGUUAAAGAUUGGUUUUGUUACACUAUUUUAUGGGAAUGUGUCUUUGGUUGUCUCUUUGGUGCUAUUCUUGGUUAUGCUUUGAAAAAAGCUGUUUGGUUUGCUGAAAAAAAGGGUUUAAUCGAUCGUGAAUCAUUUUUAGCUAUUUUUGUGUUUUUAGCAUUUAAUUCUGCUGGUCUUGGUUCAAUUCUUGGGGUUGAUGAUUUAUUGGUUUCUUUUGCUGCUGGUACCGCUUUUGGUUGGGAUGGUGAAUUUGCUAAAAAAACUGAAGAAUCUCAUGUUUCUACCGUUAUUGAUUUAUUAUUAAAUUUAUCAUUUUUUGUUUAUUUUGGUGCUAUUAUUCCUUGGCCUCAAUUCAAUAACGCUGAUUUGGGUCUUAAUUGUUGGAGAUUAAUUGUUUUGGCAAUCGUUAUCAUCUUCUUAAGAAGAAUCCCCGCUGUUGUGGCUCUAAAACCAUUCACUCCAGAUGUUAAAACUUGGAGAGAAGCCUUCUUCUGUGGCCAUUUCGGUCCAAUUGGGGUUGGUGCCAUCUUUGCUGCUAUUUUAGCAAGAAAAGAUUUAGAAGGGCAUUACACCGAUGAAGAGACCCCUUUAAAAGAAGUUCCUGAUCAUGAUUUCCCUCAUAUUCAACUUCUUGCUACCAUUUGGCCCAUUGUUUGUUUUAUUGUUAUUACCUCAAUUCUUGUUCAUGGUUCAUCAGUGGCAGUUUUAACCUUGGGUAAACGUCUUAAUAGAAUGGCUAUCACCAUGUCUUUCACUACUACUAAUACUCAAGACCAAGGUCCUUCUUGGAUGUCUCGUUUACAAAAACUUGAUAAAACUUCGACUUCUUUCUCUUUACAUAGAGUCGAUACCCAUGUUCCUCCUUCAAAUAACGAUGAAGAAAAAGAUCAUUUACCAAAAUCCAACACCGUGGAAACAAGUGGUAUUAAAGUUAGACCUGCUGGUGGUGCUAAAAGAAGAAAACAUAAAAAGAAGAAGAGAGGUUCAAGAAUUAAGAAAUCCUUAUCAAGAGUUACUUCUAAUGAUGAUCAACAAUUGAAAUUAUCCCCAACUACUGAAAGACAACGUCCUGCUCCUGAAUUCUUACAAUUAGGUAAAAGUCCUUCUCGUGUUGAUCAAGUUGAUGAUGAAACUGAAUCUCCGACUACCACUGUUACUCCUGGUAAAAGUUCUGAUGAUACUAAUGUUGGCCAAAGUAAAGAAGAAUCUUAUGGCUCUUCUGACAGUUCAUCUCAAUCACUUGAAGUCUCCAAAGAUGAUCAAAAUAAUAGAUUAUCUAUUUCAGUUCCUGAACCAAAACCUGAUUCUCCCGUUAGUAGUGAAGAAGAAGCAAAAGAACAAACUGAAAGUAUUCCGACUGCUGCUUAUCAAGAAGGCGCUCAAAUCAUUAUUGAAGAUCAACAUGGUGAAAUUUUAGAAACUGUUCCUAUGAAAACUGCUGAAAGUUCUCAUGGUAGUGUUAAAAAACAUGGUACAUUUGAUAAAGGUGAGCGUUCCAAACCUAUUGAUAAAUCUAAAUCUCAAAAGAAACCUAAGCUCUCCAGAAAUUCAGGUACUGCCCAAUCAAUAGGUAGUGAUAAUUCAGAAGGUAUGAGUAUUCAUUCAAUGGAUUCUCUUAGACGUCAUAUGUCGGAGUACUCUUACUCUGGUGCUUCUGAUGACGAUGAUGAUGAUGAAUCCGAAUCCUAUAAUGGGCCCGGUAUCGGACGUAAACUUUCAAGAAGUUUCAGUUCUAAUUCAAGACGUGCAUUACAUAAAAAGAAUGAUCCAAAUCGUCAUAGGGUUUAUGCUCAUCAAGUUGAUAAUUUAAUUGUUAUUGAAAAUGAAGAAGGUGAAAUCAUUAGAAGAUAUAAAGUUAAUCCACAUGUUAACGUUAAUAAACAAAAGUCAAGAUCAAGAUCAAGUACAAUUGUCAAUAAGGCAUUAUCUUUGGUUGGUAUCAAAAAUAAAGAAGGUAAUAACCCUGGCGAUAUAUCUGGCCAAAGCCAGCAACAAAAUGUUCCAACCAUCAAUAUCAAUGGCGAUGACUUAGAAAGAAACGAAGGGGUAUUAAUCAAGGAACAUGAUAACACCCAUGAUAACAGUCCAUUAAGAGAUCCACAUAUCGAAAGUCGUAUCGAAAAUAAACUAACUAGUAUUUUGACCAAGGGAUCCAUGAGUAAAGGAACAAACUCCAAAUCAGCAACUCCAGUGGAUGUCCCUACCAAUAAGUCGUCAUCGAGACAUCGUCCACAAGAAGAUACUUCCGAAGAAGAAGAUUCUGAAGUUAGUGAAGAUUCCGAAGAGGAUUCUGAAGAUGAAGGAUUACAAGAAACAGAAGUCGAAAGAAAGAGAAGAUUGGCCGCUUUAGGUAAGCUUUCUACAAAACGUGAUUCCGAUGAUGAAGAAGAAUAAGUUGUUAAAUCACAUUUUCCUUGCAUUUUUUUUUUUUUGAUUCUGAUUUUCGAUUUGAUUUAAAUCUAUAUAUAUAUA